UCCUUGAGAUUUCUGCCCUCCCAUCUAAGACCUGCUGGCUAAGGUUUUAGAAGUGAGAUUUAUAUAUGGGAUUAAUAAUAGAACUAGGACUAAGAAAAUAGGGCAUUUUAGAAGAGGAAUUGGAACAAUAGAGACAACUACCAAUACUCUGGAAUAGAGAGAAAUAGAUAUCGAACCAUUACCUCUGCUGGUGAUAGGAAUGCCUCACACUGGAUUGAACUUCACCAUUCACUUGAUCCUCUUCUUAGCUUCCUUGCAAGAUGUCAAUCUUAAAGGGAUAUCCUGUGCCAUCCUUGAUAAUCCAUCAUAUUCUGCCGGGUUAGGGAUCGCUCGAUUUGGUGACAUAAUAGAACCAGGAAAGAUUCACUGCAAUGAAAGCAACUGUUGUAUGGGAAUGUGGAAUAUGAACAAUGGAGAGGUUCAGCUUGCUGUAUUAGGCUGCUUUCCAUUACAUGCUGUAUGCAGAUCUGACAUCUGUGUUCCUUUCUACAAGCAAGGCAAAUACCAUUGUAUAUGUUCCUCAGACAUGUGUAACGCCAACAUCAGCUUUUCUCAUCAAGACAUUUCUUAUUUAAAUCCUGAAUCUGCCAUUGGAAGCAGUACUUCAGAUGAGAACCAGACCGCACUACAGAGAGAGCCUAACAAGAGGAAUCGGGCAACUGUAUUUGUGGCUCCCAUUACCAUCUUUAUGUUAUUGAGCAUUCUGGGGUUCAUCGUAGUAAGAAAAGGAAAGUACUGUCUGCUGGUGGGAGGUAAGAAAUUGCUGGAAAACCAGGAGGUGCUUCUACAAGAGAAGAGUAGCCCUCCAACCCAGCCAGUGGAGGGACUCAUCCUACUGCAGGCAAUUCGAGAAGAGAGUCUGGCUGCAAACCAGUGGCUUGGUGCUCUGUAUGGUAAGGGAGUUAUCAUAAAAUGCUUCCCACCCCCUCUGAAGAAGCUUCACAGCCAAGAAUGGAGGAUGCUGAGCCUUCUGACCCCUCUAAAGCAUGAAAACAUUGUCUGCCUCCUAGCUGCUGGAUCUGGUACCAAGGGGAUGCUGGAGAAUCACCAGCUUUUAGUCUUUCAACAUUAUCCAGAAGGCUCAUUGAGGAGCUACUUGACUGGUCGAACAACUAAUUGGGACACAGCUUGUCGAAUGGCUAUUUCCUUAGCCAGAGGUUUGGCUUUCCUACAUAGUGAAAAAUGGAAUGGGAAUAUUUGCAAGCCUGCAAUCGCUCAUCGAGACCUGAGCAGUGACAACAUCUUGGUGACAGCUGAUUCUUCCUGCAUAAUAACAGACUUUGGUUUAUCUGUGGUUCUGGAGGAAUCCCGAACAAAGAAGAAGCCAAGGGAUCCAGCAAUAUUAAACAUGACAGGAACAUUACGCUAUAUGUCCCCAGAGAUGUUGGAUGGCUCCUUGAAUCUUAUGUCCUGGGAACAGGCCUUGACUCAGGCUGAUGUUUAUUCACUUGGCCUCCUGCUGUGGGAAAUAUUUAGUCGCUGUAAGGAUUUAUAUGUAGAUCGCCAGUGUCCAGAAUUUCGUGUGGCCUUUUCGGAUGAGUUGGGACCAAACCCCACUUUAGAUGAGUUACGAUCAUUGGUGGUGGAGAACAAGCGGCGGCCACAAGUACCCAGAAACUGGAGUAACAAUCUACAGCUCUUUGAAACAUUGUGGGAGACAUUAGAAGACUGCUGGGACCCUGACUCUGAGGCUCGUCUGACGGCCCAAUGUGCAGAGCAGAGACUACGUAACCUUCUCCUUGCAUCCUUCAGCUUGCUGCCAGAGGACAGUAUUUCAAGCAGCGGGAAUGUCUAGAUUAUUGUAUUUCAAUAUAAAGUAAAACAAAUUGUAAAAUUCCUUGUUUUGUGAGGUCAUCACUGGUGCACAGUUGUUACUAUUUCAUGUUAUGUAAAAGAAUAAGAAGUACUUACCCAUGUUCCUCAUGUCACUUAAUAGUUAUCUAAUGUCUAUCUGCACUUUUUAAGUUUAACAUAUAUUUCCAUCUACAUAACUGUUAUUUUUUUGGGACAAGUUGCACUUUUUAUUGUCAACUUUUAUUUUAUAUAAUGUAUUACUAAACCAGAAAAACAUUAUUUGUAGGGUGAAAUUGAGAAUAAAUACACAAGUGUGCAAUUAUAUGGGGCUGUAUGGUGAAACUGCCAUUUUAAAUUUCUAUCGGUCAGUAGGAUAAAAUUGUCAUAUUGAUUUUGUUAUUUUGUUCAGUACACUUACUUUUUGUUUUACUACUUUCAUUUUUUCAAGGGACAUUGUAGGAUUGCUGUUGCACAAAAAUAAAUAAAAAAAGACUCAUUAAGGUGACAAUAUGUUCCAGUUUCU